CGCCCGCCCGCCCCCCCCCGGUCGCCUCCUUUUCUCUGCUCCCUCUGCACCAUGCGGGGGAAUUCUGACGCCCCUGGCGAUUCCGAAAGCGCGGUCUUCGCACAAGUCCACGCCUUGCGGACCUUCUCCGACACCUUCGGAAACAUCCUUACCGGCAUGUGCCGGUCGCACGACGACCAGCUGGUGGAAAUUGUCGAGCUCUGGAGUCUGGCCAAGAAUAUGCUCGACUCGACGGACGCCAUCGAAGACUCACACAUCCUGCCCAUGGUGGCCGAGGUGAAGGAGUUCAUCUCGCUGGUGGAGUCGCUGAAGCACGAUCGAGAGCUAUGCAACGAGCUUGCCGCAUCUGCCCUGGAAAGCACAGACUGCCACGACUUGUCGUCCGUCUUUGAGGGCCGGCAGCAGGAGCGCACCGCCAUGUCGGCGGACUCCGUGCCGGUGGACAUUCUGAAUGCCCACCGCUCCUUCUCGGCACUGCAAAGCGAAUUCGAUAUCGACAGCGAACUCAGCGCCGGCAUUGCGCCGGCCGAUCUCCGGUGCAGCUUCAGUCGCUAUGAGAUGACUGACCCGGUGAAGAACCAAAACUGCCCACACCAUGUGUCCAAGCGAGCGAUCGAGAGCCCCGAAUGGCCGCGGAUUUGCCCCAUCUGCAGUGUUGCCUUCAACCCCAGUCCCGAUAUCGACCAUCGGUAUGCCCGUCGUGUGCGCAUUGCCAUGCUCAAGAACUCGCUUCUCAAUGACCCUGGCAACCAAACCACCUUCCUCUGAAAGAGGCCCAAAUGAAAUACCCCCCCACGCAUACACAUGCCCCACUUGGAUGGAA